AAAUGUCACACGCCACUUUUCGGAACGACAGUCAGUAUCAUGGGAUGUACCUCACAGAAGCUGAGAAUGGAUCUGAUCUGGACUCUCCAAACGCCUCCAGCGUCUCUCCAACGUGCACAAACUUCAUCCUGGACUCCCAGGCGGUCGGGGUCGGGGUAUUUCUCUGCGUUUUCAUCUUGUUUGCCAUCGCAGGAAACAUUUUGGUUAUACUGUCCGUGGUGUGCAACAGACACUUGCAAACUGUCACCAACUUCUUCAUCGUGAACUUAGCCAUCGCGGACCUGCUGCUGAGCAUCAUAGUGCUGCCUUUCUCCGCGUCCCUCGAGGUGUUGGGAUGCUGGGUGUUCGGGCGCGUGUUCUGUAACAUCUGGGCAGCUGUGGACGUGUUGUGCUGCACUGCCUCCAUCCUCAGCCUCUGUGUCAUCUCCAUAGACCGCUACAUUGGAGUUAAGCACUGUCUAAAGUAUCCCAGCAUCAUGACGGAGAAAAAAGCGGUUCUUAUCCUGGUGUUAGUGUGGCUUCUGUCUGUUGUCAUCUCUGUGUGUCCACUUUUGGGCUGGAAGGAGCCUCCUCCAGUAGAUGAGAGCAUAUGUAAGAUCACAGAGGAGCCCGGGUACGCGCUCUUCUCCUCGCUCUUUUCCUUCUACCUCCCGUUGGCCGUCAUCCUCUUCAUGUACUUCAGGGUGUACGUGGUGGCCCGCAGGACUACCAGGAGUUUGGAAGCGGGCGUAAAGCGCGAGAGGAACAAAACUAUGGAAGUAGUGCUGCGCAUUCACUGCCGCAGCAUGUUAGAGGACACCAGCUCCAAGAGCAACAGAAGCAACCCGUUCAGAGGCUCUCUGUCAGUGCGCCUCAUGAAGUUCUCCCGGGAGAAGAAAGCGGCUAAAACACUGGCCAUUGUCGUGGGGAUGUUCAUCCUGUGCUGGCUGCCGUUCUUCUUCGUUUUACCCAUGGGUUCCCUCUUCCCAGCACUGAAGCCCUCUGAAACUAUCUUUAAAGUGAUCUUCUGGCUGGGCUACUUCAACAGCUGCAUCAACCCCAUGAUCUACCCCUGCUCCAGCAAAGAGUUCCAGCGCGCCUUCACCCGCCUCCUGCGCUGCAAGUGCCACCCCAGGAGGCGGACACUGCGCAGGUUCUAUGGCCAGCGCUGGAAGUCUGCCGUCAAGGGCAUGAGUGAGGAGCAGAAAGCUGAAUUUACCCCUGGGUACUCUGUCCAUGAUUCCUUUGGCAGUUCUUUUUUACAGAGGGGUAAAAACUCAUUUUGUUUGAAAUCUUGGAGUUUCUUUCCUCCAUUACAAAAAUCGUCAUUUCAGCUGAAAGAAAAAGUGAACAGUAUUUCAAAUAAAAUCAGGGCAGGGACCAGUAAAGGGACGUCUCCCACAGUUGGACGCAUUGAUAUUGUGGAGACAGUGUCCAUGAGCAUCUACAGUGGCUGUGAGGAGGGCACUUACCCGUUCUAUGAUCUGGCUGAAUGCUACAGUCUCAAAGAAACAGACAUUUGA